AUGCGAGCUCCAGUGGAGUGUCUGGAGGAGCAGCGGGAACCGUUCCAGCCGGCCUCGUGGUCCCUAACCACCAGCGUGACUUUGACCACUAACACCCAAUCCAGCCACGAGCCCCCCUGCCCACCCCAUCAUCAGCGCUCCCCACUCAGGGGCAACGAGGGUAACAUAGGAGGGGGAGCAGGGGUCCACGUCUCCCACAGCCCCACCCGAUCCCCCGGGCCCUCCGAUCAAGACUACCUGUACCCCAAAGGAACCUUGGGGCAAGGGGGUGGGGGUGUUGGUGAGGUAGGGGGUGCCUCCGGGAUUGGGGGGGUAGGAGGUCCAGACGAGGUGUUUGGUGAUGGUAGGUGGCCUCCUUUCUGUCAUAAGGAGUUAUUAGAGGGUGGGGGGGGACUACGGGGUCCCUCUGUGGGGGGUCCCAUCCCCACGGUGGGGUACGCCUCGUCUCUGGAGCUGCAGCUGUCACGGAACCUCAGUGAUGACAUGAAGGAGGUGGCCUUCUCCGUAAGGAACUACCGCUCGGGCACCUCGGACCACCUGGAGCAACACAGACAGCUCCGAGAUACGGCGUGUCAGACAAAUGGUUACACCACUCGCGGAACCCAGACCACUCAGACCAUCAGCGUGGGCUUACAAACAGACAUCCUCCGCACCCUCACCAGCUCCCCCCACCGCUGCCUCACCCCUAAAGGAGGCAGCUCUACACCCAUCUCCUCCCCCUCCAGAAACAUCCGUAAGAUACAGUAUCUUCCCGUGGUCCAGUCCAAGUUCGAGCGUCCAUGUUGUUCUCCUAAGUACGGCUCUCCUAAGCUCCAGAGGAAGCUGUCGACAUCAUCGAAGGCUGACCUCCCAGGUGGGGCCUCAAGCUCCACGGCCGGCCCCAGGGCCCCUACCCCUACCACCCCCCAGAAGGGUGCCUCUGAGUCGGCCUGGGCUCGCUCCACCACCACCAGGGAUUCUCCGGUCCACACCACCAUCAACGACGGCCUGUCUUGUCUCUUCAACAUCAUAGACCACAGCCCCGUGGCCUACGAACCCCCGCAGUGUAAAUUCACCAAGUCCCCCAGCCGCACCCGMACCGCUCCCCUUGACCCCUCACCUCCUGGUGGACCCGGUGGUCCCAGUCUACCCCCCUCAGACCCUAAAGACCCAAGAUACCUUGGAGCUGUCCAGGAGUUUCUGAGGAAUGUCCGCGGGCGUUCUCCCAGCCCGGUGCAGCUGAUAGUAGAGGCCCAGGGAGGGCCGUGGGGAACAGGGGGGGAGAGGACACCAGAGGUGCUCAGUAUACGCCAGGACCUGUCUGCCCCGCCUGGAUACACCCUGGCAGAGAACGCAGCCCGUCUGCUGAACAAGAAGCUGUUGGAGCAGAGCUUCAGGGAGGAGAAGAGGCUGGGGUCUGGAGGGACUGGUGGGUCCUCAGCCCAGGGACAGGGAGGCUACACGAGAGAGGGGCGACAGGCGGAGGGAGACAUGAACCAGUCGGGAUGUUUGGAGGACCUCCCUCGUUCCCCGGUGGCUCCACCCCUGGAGUCGUGUUUCCUGCGUCCGGCGAGGCCAGCCAACCGCCGCCCCCCUCCCGCUGGGCAGUCCGUUUCUCCCUCCUCCUCCCCGAGGCUGGCACGAUGUCACAGUGCGGAGGUUCACCUUCCCCAUGUUGACUGGGACCAGUAAGACUGAAGCCACCUGUAUGCUGGAGCUGGACGAGACGGACCAGGAACAGGAACAGGAACAGGACCAGGACUGGAACCAUCCUCUUCUGCAUGAUAGAAUCGUUGCCCAUUACCCUGUCCUCCUUUACUCCCUUAACUUGCUCAACUCUCUUCCUCCUCUCCUCCUCUCCCCUCCUCCUCUCCUCCUUCCAUCUGCUCCUCCCUACUCCUC